AUGCUGCCAGUGUCUGGCGGAAGCGUCUCUCUUCGGUUGUCUACUCCUUUCGUGACCAAAGUGAAGAACACUUUCCUCGAGCUGGAUGAGCCGGAGCAGGAAGAAGUGCAGGUGGCUCGCCGGCGCUGCAAGUCAGCGCCGCCUGCCAUGAAAGAUGACACAGCCGCUAGUGUCGCUCAGCACCGCAUGUCGGACGAAGUGGCUGCGGAGUGCGCUCAGCAUGAGGAGGUUCUCCUGAUCUUACCGAAAGACAUCCUUGGCCAUGAUGCGCAAACGAAGGCGCAAAGGAGAGCGAUCCCUGCCGCGGUCGAGUUGGAGGCCUUCCUCGACUUGCCUGCGAUGACAGGCCCAGCACCGCGACAGCCGGGCAGUGUGGGGCACCCAGACAUUUGCCGCCGUCCAUGCUUGUUCUUCAACGCCGGCAACUGCACAAAUGGAACGGCAUGUGAGUACUGCCACCUGCCACACGACGUUCGCACACCCCAUCUGGACAAAAGACAGCGGGCGCUGGUCGGGAAUCUUUCCGAAGUGGAGCUCAUGAACCUUCUGCUCAUCAACUUGCAGGCGCGAGCCAAGCUCGGCGGCUUUACCUUCGAAGCGCUUGAAGUGAUGGAGGCUCUUCGAGAGAGGGCCGGCCUACUUCCAGGAGCCGAGCCGGAGAUGCCACGAAUCCCCCGGCAAUGUCAAUCCAAGCUGCUUUACAUGAUGCAGAAGAUGAGCUUCCAGUCGCUUCUUGGACUGGCCUUGAAGUCACGUUAUGCGACCCAAGCCUUUGUAGAGGAUGUCUCUGGAGCACUUGCGAGGAUGAGGUCUUCCAUGCUUUCUAUGGCCUCUGCCGUGCACCUGGCCUGA